AUGAUAUCACAAAAUACAAAUCAACAUUAUGUACGUCCUGUAACUGAAAUACAACAGAUAUUUGAUAAAAAUCAAGAAGCAACACUAUAUUGUGGUAACUUAGAUAAUAGAGUUGAUGAAGAACUAUUAGCUGAACUAUUUGCACAAACAGGACCUAUUAAAUCUGUAUAUAUACCACGAGAUAAAGUUACUGGAACCCAUUCUGGAUUUGGAUUUAUUGAAUUUCAACAAGUAUUAGACUGUGAAUAUGCUCAAAGAAUUCUUAAUUCAGUUAAGCUUUAUGGUAAACCAAUCCGAUGUAGUAAAGCUUCCCAAGAUCGUAAACAAUUAGAUAUUGGUGCAAAUUUAUUUGUUGGGAAUCUUUCUCCUGAUAUUGAUGAAAAAUUAUUACAUGAUAUAUUUUCUUUAUUUGGAAAUGUUAUUUCAACAAAAGUUAUUUUUAAAGAGAAUAAUGAAGAUGAACGUGGAUAUGGAUUUGUUAGCUAUGAUUCAUUUAAUUCUUCUGAUAAUGCUAUAGCUACUUUAAAUGGACAAUUUUUUGGUAAUAGACAAAUUACAGUUUCUUAUGCAUUCAAACAAGAUUGUAAAGGAGAAAGACACGGCAGUACUGCAGAACGUUUAUUAGCAUCUAAAAAUACUUAA